CUCUCCUCUCGCUGCUAGGACGAGAGAGAGAGGGAGAGAGAAACCCGUUCGCUCUGCAUCUGAAGGCUCAUAAGCCGAGCCAAAAGUGCUCUGUAAUCAGCUCAUCGGCUCAGCUCCAAAGAUGGCGUGGCUCGCAACUCGGAGAUGCUGGUUGUAUUUCGCCUUCCUGCUCGUUCCUCUUUUGUCUGUAGUCGUUGCCGAGGACGGUUUGCUUAUCAACGGUGAUUUUGAGGCAGCUCCAUCCAAUGGAUUCCCAAAUGAGGGGGUUGGCCCAGUUUCUGUCCCUGGUUGGAAUUCAAAUGGAAUGGUCGAACUAAUUGAAUCAGGACAAAAACAAGGGGGAAUGAUCCUUAUAGUCCCUGAAGGUUCGCAUGCUGUGAGGCUUGGGAAUGAUUCCGAGGUAAGCCAAGACAUUAAGGUGGAGAAGGGAUCUACAUAUUCUAUCACCUUCAGUGCUGCUAGGACAUGUGCCCAGUUGGAAUCUCUUAAUGUAUCAGUGGCCCCAGCUUCUCAGACCAUUGAUCUCCAGACUGUUUACAGUGUGGAGGGCUGGGAUUCAUAUGCAUGGCCUUUCCAGGCUGAGUCAGACAAUGCGCACAUUGUGUUCAAGAACCCAGGCAUGGAAGAGGACCCAACAUGUGGCCCCGUCCUAGACAACAUUGCUGUGAAGAAGCUUUUCAACCCUGACAAACCCAAAGAUAAUGCUGUUACUAAUGGCGACUUCGAAGAAGGCCCGUGGAUGUUCAGAAAUGCUUCCCUCGGUGUCUUGCUCCCCACCAACCUUGAUGAAGAGACUUCGUCCCUGCCUGGUUGGACAGUCGAAUCAAAUAGAGCUGUCAGGUACAUCGACUCCAACCAUUAUACAGUACCACAAGGUAAGAGAGCUGUGGAAUUGCUCUCUGGCAAGGAAGGCAUCAUCUCCCAGAUGGUCGAAACCACACCAGAGAAGCAGUACAGCUUAACAUUCUCAUUAGGAAAGGCCGGGGAUUCGUGCCAGGAACCCAUGGCGAUUAUGGCCUUUGCCGGGGACCAGGCUCAGAACAUACAUUACUCACCUAUAGGGAACAUGAGCCACCAGACUGCCAAUCUCACCUUCAAGGCUAGGGCUGACAAGACACGCAUUGCCUUUUAUAGCGUGUAUUACAGCACAAGGACCGAUGACAAGAGCUCGCUGUGCGGGCCGGUGGUCGAUGACGUGAGAGUGUGGGGUGUGUCUCAGGCUGCAAAGUUGUGGGGAGGGUUGGGUCAUGGGCUUUUAGGGAUGGUUUUGGCUAUGAUUUUGGUUUUGUAGCUCUUCCAAGUAUGUUGAGAAAAUAGCUUGUAGCUUCUAUCUAUGAUAUGCUUUUGAGGAUCGAGUUUGGAAAGGUUUAUAGGUUACUACUACUCAUUUGCAAACAUGCAGUUCACUGAUGAACACGAUUUCUGA